GGUCUUUGUUUACUUGUUAUUCCAGACUAAGUUAAAUUCUAAAGAGAAAAGACGUAGUUUUGUCCAUAUUUUUAUUUGUAUUAAAAGGUGGACACAUAAUGAGCUGUUACGGCUGCAGCCGUAAGUAUGGUCUCUUCUGCAAGGAGUACGGUUGCCCCAACUGUGGCUAUUCGUACUGUGCCAAAUGCUUGAAGAGGCCAAUUGCUGUGCCGCGACAUGGCAGCAAGGUGCUCAACGUUUGCCUCAUAUGCUUCGAUAAGCUGUCCAAGAUGCAGGCCCAUGCCGAUGCUGAGAAAGUCAUUGACUGUGAAGCGCUGCCCGGAGAGCUGGUGACCAAGCAGCGUCUGCCACAUAAAAACCAAACGCCGCCGGACAGCGAGGCAGCCGAUGCGCUCUUCGACAAUGUACUGCCCUCUGAGGAGCUGGCCGCUGUGCUCUCGCCCACAAGCCCUGCACCCGUUGGCGAUGUGGCUGCAGCUGCGGCAACUGGUCGCGAGGAUAUAGAUGAGAAUCUGGAUAGUGCAAUAAGUAAACGUUUGCAGAAUUUGAAGGCGGUCGACACCACCGAUGAUGAAAUACGGGCGCGACUUUCCAAUUUGAGCGGCAUGCCGCAUCAAAAGAAUUAUGAUAAAAAGGAUCUACUGCUGUCCACAGACCAAAGAACGGAUCAGGACAAGAUCAAAGAUCUGCUGCAGCAAUUUAUGGGCGAAACGGCGCUGGAUCAACGCGUCGAUGAUGGUCGUAACGAUGCCAUCAGUGAUAUUGAGAGACGCCUGCGUGCUCUGCGCGAUGCACCCAUCGACGGUGUCGCAGCCACAGAGACGGGCACGAGCACAGCGGCCACAAAUACGCCCAGCGACAACGAGGAUGAGAACGAUGAAACUGUCUUGCAGAAGAUAAUGAAGAAGUACGUGGCUGAGGCGCGCUUGCCCGCAGCUGCUGAUGGCUUAGAGGCUGAGUUGGGGAGUGGCAGCGCGGCCAAUGCGAAUAGCAGCAUCAACGAGGAGCUGCCUUGGUGCAAUAUAUGCGAUGAGGAUGCCGUCUAUCGUUGCCUAGGCUGCGAUGGCGAGCUGUUCUGCGCCCAGUGCUAUCGCGAGUGCCACGACGACGACGAGUAUCGGGCACACGUCAAGGAGAAGUACAGCGUGCCGCCCAAGUUCAAAGAGAAUCACUUCUAGUGGAGCCUGUUCGAGACAUUAUAGCUUGUUGUGUGCUUUGGCGUUUUAAUUAAUUAUUCAUUAAUUUACUUUAUUUUCAGUUUAAGCGUUUAUUUUUUGUUUUUCUUUUUGUGCUUCCUGCUUUUAAAGUAGUUCUGGAUCAAAAUAGUUAACUGUGUACAUAAUGUGAAUGAAUUAAAACUCAAUAUUUUAUAGAGCAACUCACUCCCGGUGCAAAUCAUAGUUUAGAAAGAGAGGGAAGCAGCGAAGGAGAGAGACAAUGCGGAAUUCGUUAAUAUCUUAAGGCAAUUCAUGGUAAACAAACAUUUUAUAAUCAUUACAAUCUUAGCACUAUUAACAAAAAGGCAACUAAACUAAAUGCAUAUUUGAUGACAACAACACGCAGCUAAACAAAAUACGCUGCUAACAACUGGCACUCAAAUCAACAAUAUAUAUUUUUAAUAUAU